ACAGCCCUAGUUGUUCUUCGUAUUCUUUUUCCCUUGCAAGAAAGCCUUUCUUAUGUAUUUUCCUUUGUCGGCGUUGCGGUAGACAUUUGCUAUCGACCUUCUUCGUGUAGCUGCAAGCUCGAGUCGGUUGUGGCUGAGAAAGAGCUUAGCAAGCCAGGCAACCGUGCACAGCUCUCUUGCAGAGAAAGGCUGAGCAUGCGUUACAACAGCACGCGAGUACUGAUCAACUAUUUGCAUCAGUUGUGCUCAAUAAGAACAGCGGUGGAUGCCGAAGUAAGCUCGGUCGAUAGAAGGAAGAGUGUAGGAAAGAUCGUGAGGUUCGUACCUGAGUGGAGCUCAUGCCAACAAGGUCUUGCGCUAAUUACUACUAGUAGUAUAGCACGGACACAAUGUUCGAAGCCAACUCAGCCCGACGACAAUCAGCAAACGUGA